UGCCGUAACUGUUUACACCGCCCUUGUUAAAAUACGGAAGUGUUCGCAGUCGUGAUUUAUGUCACGUAUUUAGUCAGCUGUAGAAGGUUUAACCUAUUUUUCUAGUCUAUGGAUUCAACUUCAUGCUGUUAGAUCCGACUGCGUGAUGGCAGCGUCACAGAAACUGGAUGGCAGUGUGUUUCUUGUGCUCUGUGCAGCUUGAAUUAGGCACAUUGACGCUUGAAGACCAUACUUUUCACGCCCAUUAUAUCAACGGAUUCACAAAAUUCAUAAAGUAACUUGCAUUUGUGCAUUUUUAUACGUUGCAAAACAACCCCUGAUUAAUUCUUACUGAAUGCAAAUUAAAACCGUCCCAUAUUCACCCCGAUCUGUGCUCUGGAUGUGACACGUGGCGAGCUAUUUACCUACGUGUACAGCAGUUGGGAACGGGAAAGGCACAGGAUAGCUUUGUGCUGUCCUGCAAGACAGCAGAACCUGUAGCAGCAGGACAGCCCGGACAUAGAGAAAAUGGGAGAAGACGUGAAAACAGCCUCAUCCGGCAGAGGGGGGGGUGAUGUCCAGGCCGGUGUCCCGCCGGAAAGCUGGAUGAAGCGCGUUUUCGGGUUCGGGAAGGGAGACCUGUCUUCCUGGGAGCGGCUGGUACGCCUCCUCAACCGUCCCACCGACCCUGCCGCGCUCGGAGUCUUCCGCUUCCUGUUCGGCCUGCUGAUGGCGGUGGACAUCACCCAGGAGCGAGGCCUCAGCCACCUGGACUACAGAUACCUAGACGGCGCACCUGUGUGUCGAUUUCCACUUUUCAACUUCCUGGAGCCGCUGCCGCUGGACUGGAUGUACAUGGUCUAUGUGGUGAUGUUCCUGGGAGCCGUUGGCAUCAUGAUUGGCUGUUUUCACCGCGUCUCCUGCCUCAUGUUCAUUUCCACCUACUGGUACGUCUUCUUCUUGGACAAGACUGCCUGGAACAACCAUUCCUACCUUUAUGGGCUCAUUGGCUUCCAGCUCACCUUAAUGGAUGCAAACAGAUACUGGUCGGUAGAUGGACUUUGGAAUGCAAAAAAGAAGAAUGCCCAUGUCCCACUCUGGAACUACACCAUCAUCAGGGCUCAGAUCUUUAUUGUGUAUUUCAUCGCUGGCAUUAAGAAGCUGGACUCCGAUUGGGUGGGCGGAUACUCCAUGUCCUACCUGGCCCACCACUGGCUGUUCGACCCUUUCAAGCUAAUUCUGCCGGUGGAGACGGUCAGUCUCCUGGUGGUCCACGGCGGAGGCCUCAUUCUGGACCUGUCCGCCGGGUAUCUGCUCUUCUUCGAUGCCACGCGUCCCGUCGCCAUGGUCUUCGUCUCCUACUUCCACUGCAUGAACUCCCAGCUCUUCAGCAUCGGAAUGUUUUCCUACACCAUGCUGGCCACCAGUCCCAUUUUCUGCUAUCCUGAUUGGCCGAGACGCUUUUUCGGCGGCUUCCCGGCGGCCCUUAGGGCGGUACUGCCCCCCACCGAACCGGCGCCUCAGUCCAGUGCCUCCUGCGUGUACGCGGAAACCCCGCCCAGUGUCGCCGCGGGAACCCCGCCCAGCGCUGCUGCCACGGCAACCCCGCCCAGCGCCGCCGCGGUCGGGCAGCAGCCUCCCUCGGCCUCUAGGCCCCUCAAACCGGGACGCAGGCACAAGCUGGGGACCCUGUUCACCCUGCUGUACCUGUCCGAGCAGCUCUUCCUGCCCUAUUCACACUUCAUCACACAGGGCUACAACAACUGGACCAACGGCCUGUACGGGUACUCCUGGGAUAUGAUGGUUCACUCCCGCACGCACCAGCACGUCAAGAUCACCUACAGAGAUGGAAAGACCGGGGAUACUGGAUAUCUCAACCCCGGGGUGUUCACACAGAGCCGGCGCUGGAAGGACCAUGGAGACAUGCUAAAGCAGUACGCCACCUGCCUGAGCCGCAAUCUGGUCCACUACAACAUCAGCGAGCCGCAGAUCUUCUUUGACAUCUGGGUGUCCAUCAACGAGCGCUUCCAGCAGAGGAUCUUCGAUCCCCGUGUGGACAUCGUGACUGCCGACUGGUCGCCCUUCCGCCCCAACCCGUGGCUGAUGCCCCUGCUGGUGGACCUUUCUCCGUGGAGAACCAAGUUUCAGGAGAUCGAGGGCUCACUGGACAACCAGACUGAAGUGGUCUUCAUUGCUGACUUCCCAGGCCUUCACCUGGAGAACUAUGUGAGCAAAGACCUGGGUAACACCAGUGUGCAGGUACUGCAGGGACAGGUGAGCGUUGAGAUUGUGGAGGAGAAGACCAACUACACCCUGUUGCCUGGAGACCAGAUGAAGCUACCUGCUGGAGCGUACCAUAAAGUGUACACAGUAUCAGACCAGCCAUCCUGCUACAUGUACAUCUAUGUGAACACCACAGAAGUGGCGCUGCAGAAGAACUUCACCAAACUGUUUGAGCUUCAGGAGCGAAUCAGGAACGGCACCGAGACGGAGCCCGUGCCCCCGGAGCUGCAGCCGCUGGUGAGCGUGGCCGAGGGGAAGGACCCGGGGGUGAACGUGACGGACCCGGUGCUGCGCCUCUUCCUGCGCCGGCAGCAGCGCAUGCAGGACGUGAAGAAGCACCGCGAGGCCUCCCUGGUCCAGAGGCUGCAGCGCUUCUCCCUCAAGAAGUAUUACAUGCUCCGACGCGGGUUCCUCAUGACAGCCAUUGCCAUGCGUAACCUGAUGGUGGGGCUGCCUCCGCUGGAGCAGCUCUCCCAGGAGGUGGCGUACGCGAACCUGAAGGAGCCCGAGGUCGCCCCGGACGAGCCGCUGAAGGAGGAGGCCGGCCACCUGGAGCUGUGAGGCGAGCCGCGGGAGGAACUGUGGGAAGAACCCGCAGCGUGCAACGCGUCUGGCCAGCUGUUACUGCUACUCAGACCUGGGUCAAAUACGUGUGUGUUUCGGAUUCCAAUUCUGUGCUCUGUUGAUCUUGCCUGGUGUAAUUGAGCCUGCCAAUGUGACCAGAAGGUGGGGUUUGCACUUUUUGAGAGUAUUUCAUUUGUUCCAAUACACCAGACAAGAUCAGCAAAGUGUAGAAAAGUAUUUGAAUCCAAAACAAAUACGUAUUUGACCCAGGUCUGCUGCUGCUACUGCUACAGAUUCAUCAGGCUCCUCCUAAUCCGCGAAUAUCUCCCGCACAUUCCAGAGAAUUUCAGGGCUUUGAUGGAAAAAAAAUUCCUUUAAAAAAAAAAAAACAUUUUGGAUUUUUAUUUACAUUUGAGUUCCGAUGAUGAUUUCACGACCGUCAGUAUAAAUAUUUUGAAACAGGUUUUGUAAUUAUUUUGAAGUCGUUUCAAGAGCAGUUUUUCUACGUGUAUACUAUGAAGUGCAUUAUGUCGCAUUAAGCUAACAUUCAAUGGCUGUGGCUGACAUUGCUGUGAUUACACUGAUUCCCCCUGCACAUGAAUUGUACUCAUGUAUACUUUUACUAAGAAAGAAAACACUAAUAUUGUGUAAUUUAGUCUGGUUUGACACAAAAUAAAUGUACGUUUUAUGGAAA